CUGCUGGACUGGGACAUGGGCAACGAGUGCUUCCUCGCCUGCACCACGUCGCACCUGCCCAUGGCCGAGCAGAUCCUUGCCAAAUAUAAGCUCCGAAUAGUUCAUCCACCUGUGUUGCCUCUGGAAAAGAAACCCAACCCUGAUGGCGACGGUCCAGAUAUUGAACCCAACCUGUGGAUGUGGGUGAACCCCAACAUCGUGUACCCUCCAGGCAAGCUGGAGGUCCCAGACGCCACAGAGACGGCUGAUGAGACACACAAGGUCCCCUGCCCUCAGCCAUCCCUUGAAAAGCAAGAUGCCAGCAGCUCAGAGGGCAGCUCUGUGGAAUCACUGCUGUCUUCCUGCAGCGAGCAGUCGCCCCCUCAGAAGUGGAAGCAGAAGCAGCUCACCUCUUCCCCUGGUGACAGGGAGCUCACAGAAGAGGAGGAGGCCGAGGACCAGGAUGACAGCUCCUCUGUGGCUCUCCUGCCCCCUCUCACAAGGGCCUCCCUCCAGAGUCGGAGGCUGCAACAAACCAUCAGCCUGGAGGGGAAGCUUUGGUCCCGGCCCCCUCUCAAUUACUUCCAUCUAAUUGCACUGGCACUAAGCAGCAGUGCCCCCAGUGGCCUCAACGUGCAGCAGAUCUACGAUUUUACUCGACGGCACUUCCCGUUUUUCCAGAGGGCUCCGGAAGGCUGGAAGAAUACCAUCCGUCACAAUCUCUGUUUCUGCAACAGCUUUCAGAAAGUGCCAGUCAGUAUGCAGGGGGAGGCCAGCCCCCGCGCUCGCUCCUGCCUCUGGAAGUUGACUGAGGAGGGACGUCGCCGCUUUGUGGAGGAGGCCCGCGCCUUGGCUUCCACUCGGCUGGAAAGUAUCCAGCGGUGCAUGAGCCAGCCAGAUGCGGUGCCCUUCCUCUUUGACCUAUAA